GGUUCUGUUUAACUGAUGAUUGUCUUGUUUGUUGUUCUUCUGGUUGCCUUUCUUAGUGAGACAGAGGGAAACAGCAUGCAACCUUCUCGAGUUUCUGGCCUUGCAGCCAUUGAGCAGUCUAUUGGCUUUCGCAUAGAGGAUGCAGUUGAUCUAAGCAGAAAUCCUUUGUUUAACCCAAAAUCAAGUGGCCAAUCUUCUGACCCUCUUCAAUUUGGUGCUUUUAGUAAGCCUCUUGCUUCUACUGAUAUUACUCCAGCGGCAGCUAGAAUAGGGUCACUUGCAGUUCUGCAACAAAAAGGGCAGCAGCCUAAUCUGGUGUCAUCAUCCAGCGGUCACAUUGAGAACUGGGGUGAAUCUACAAUGGGAGAUGCUAGUCCUAAGACUGACACAUCAACAGAUGUGGAUACUGAUGACAAGAAUCAGAGGGUAAUAUAGCAUUCUAUCACCAUCUGUUAGUGAUGUUCUUUGACAGUGAGCUCUUUCUCUGUUUUUGGAUGGCUAUAUAAGGUUAUGUACUUUGUUCCUCUUCUGUUUUGCUGCAGCUUAAGCCAUUGGAUCUGCUAACACUCAAUAUUCAUCUGAUU